AUGGCUGGCUGUCAUCAACUGUGGGUGAUGGACCUGGAAUUGGGCCUCGUGGGACCCUACGCCGGGUCCGGCGGCGAGUCCAUCAGCGACGGGGCCAUGGACCAGGCCACGCUGGCGCAGCCCAGUGGCAUCACAACCGACGGGAACCGCCUUUACUUUGCCGACAGCGAAACCAGUUCCAUCCGCUCGGCCGAACUGGAACCUAAUGGCAGAGUUCGUACAAUUAUAGGACUGGGGCUGUUUGAAUUCGGCGACAGGGACGGAGAGGGCCACCAUGUCCGGCUGCAGCAUCCGCUGGGAAUUACAUACAGAGAUGGGGCUCUGUAUGUUGCCGACACAUACAACCAUAAGAUCAAGCUGAUAAUGCCCGUCCCAAGGUCUUCGGAGACCCUGUUGGGCACAGGUAAGGCGGGCUACCUGGACGGGGGCGCGCUGGAAGCAGCCUUUUCUGAACCAAGCGGCCUGAGUAUUGCCGGCGGCAAGAUGUUUAUCGCCGACACAAACAACCACCAGGUGAGGGUGGCCGAUAUGGAAACUCUGCGGGUGACUACCUUGGAGUUGGCCUGGCCUGAUUGA